UUUGACGUUUACAAAAAAAAACAUAACCUAAAAAAUUUUUGUCAUCAUAAAAUGUCUAAUUUUAAUUUAAAAACGGAGUUUUUAGAUAAAAUAGAUCACGGAGAGAGAUUAAUCAACGAUCUUAAUAACUACAAAAUCGACGGGGUCGUUAAAUUACAGCGAAAAAUCAAGCAAGAAUUAACAUUUUUAAGAAAGGUUUACAAAACGAAUACAAUCAAAAAGGAGCAUUUGCAAUGCACGAAUUUAACCCAUUACUCAGCUUUAUUAAACACAUUAAAAACAGUUACAAAUUGUACGAAUUUAAGUAAAGUUUUUACUUUAAACGAUCGCAAAUUGGUUGUUGAUAUCGUUUGCGAUGGGGGAUUAUCAUGGAUUAAAGUGGUGGCGAGAAAUCCAAAAUCGUUGAGUCAAAUUUGCGCCGGAGAAACAAAUUAUGGAGUUCGUUCUAUUUUGGACCAAGCGAAAGAAUUCAUUGAGUGCUCAAUUUUGUAUCCAACUUUGUUCCAAAAGCCACAAAUAACGUUUGUAUUCUCUAAUGGAGUCGGGGAGCGAUUAGCCAACAAAUUAGAGUCAUUAGGAAUCAAAGUUGAAGGAAAAAGGUUAAUUUUAAACGAAGAACGAAUCGAUUUUGACUCAAAAAGCGCAAUUUCCGAUUUAUCCACUAAAAAUACAUCCCAAAUUAAUCGAAUUAACAUCGACGUUUCAACUAUGUUAGCUUAUGUAAGUUCUGUAACGAAUGGAAGUUGUAAAAAUUACGAUUUUAAUUUAAUCGGGCACUCUGUUUUGGCGCAACAAGCUCGAUGGGAAAUUGAAAGACCUGUUAAACCGAUUUUAGAGGCAUUUUUUAAAGGAAAGAGAUUAUUUUGUUGUCAAACUGCCAAAGAGGAUUUUAUUAACAUUUUAAAGACCGUGGGAGGUCCAAAUGAGAAAAUUCGAGGUUUUAAAUUCCUUGAAAUGAUCACCGUUUUACCAGAUGAUGCUACAAAUGAUGAUAUUGAAGCGAAUUGUGGUUUUAAUAGCGUUAUUCAAUAUUCGGGGGAAACUUUGUUGGAAAUUGGGGGGAAAAUUCGGGAGAGGUCGCUUCAAAUUUUUAGUUUUGGUGAUCGAAUUCGAGCUGUUACUGUUACUUCCAAUGAUGGAUUUGUUCGAGCUGCCAAACAAAAAGGGGUUAAUUUUGUCGUUUUUGUUCAUGAGUCUCGUGCUUUGACUGAACAGAAGGAGACCAAGGAUACCUUGAAGAAGAAAAUGAGUUGAUGAAAUUAUUUUUAAAUUUGUAUUCAUGUUUUAAUAAAUUUAAUUGAAAUUAA